AUGACGGUCGCACACGAUCUGGCCCACAGAGGCUCAUCAUCCCAUUCUGCCAACAACAUGGCUCUCGAAGACCGAUUCGAGGUCCUCAAGGAAAUUGGUGAUGGUAGCUUUGGUAGUGUCGUUCUCGCCCGAGUCCGUAGCGCAGGUGCUAGCGUGGCUCGUCGCGGUACGGUGGUUGCCAUCAAAACCAUGAAGAAGUCUUUCGAGUCAUUCACACCAUGCUUGGAGCUUCGCGAGGUUGUCUUCUUGAAGACAUUGCCCAACCAUGCCCACCUCGUCCCCGCCCUUGACAUCUUCCUCGAUCCGUACAGCAAGAAGCUGCACAUCGCCAUGGAGUACAUGGAGGGCAACCUGUACCAAUUGAUGAAGGCUCGGGACCACAAGUGUCUCGACAACGCCAGCGUUAAGAGCAUUCUUUUCCAAAUUAUGCAGGGUCUUGAGCACAUUCACGCACAUCACUUUUUCCACCGCGACAUCAAGCCCGAGAACAUUCUCGUCUCCACCUCAUCCCACCAAGACACCGUCACAUCCUUCCGUAGAUAUUCGGCUCUCGUCACUCCCCCCUCCACGCCUCCCAACUACACCGUCAAGAUUGCCGAUUUUGGACUUGCACGCGAAACCCACUCAAAGCUUCCCUACACGACGUACGUUUCGACGAGAUGGUACCGAGCACCCGAAGUGCUCUUGCGGGCUGGAGAAUACUCGGCCCCCGUCGAUAUCUGGGCCGUCGGCGCCAUGGCAGUCGAAAUUGCAACGCUGAAGCCACUCUUCCCCGGCGGAAACGAGGUCGAUCAAGUCUGGAGAGUGUGCGAGAUCAUGGGAAGCCCCGGAAACUGGUACAACAAGUCGGGCGCUCGUGUCGGUGGCGGCGAAUGGAAAGAUGGUACAAGGCUAGCCGGCAAGCUGGGCUUCUCAUUCCCCAAGAUGGCACCUCAUGCCAUGGAUACAAUUUUGCAGCAACCUCAGUGGCCCGCUGCGCUGAGCCACUUCGUUACGUGGUGUCUGAUGUGGGACCCGAAGACCCGCCCGACCUCAACACAGGCAAUCGCCCACGAAUACUUCGUCGACGCCGUUGAUCCCCUGAGGCCGAAGUCCUCUGCAUCGAGAAUCUUGGGCCGCAAGCAGUCCGAUCUUGGCCGGGGCAACAACUCUAACUCGUCCACCCCGACCUCUUCCAAGCCGUCCUGGUUCAGGAAGUCUCUUAUCGGUCGCUCCGAAAGCGCUGAAGUUGCCGUUCCUCAGUCGAUCUCCAAGGAAUCAACCCCGAGACCAUCCCCCGUCCCCUCACAAACGACGAACGAGGUCCCCGUUGCAAAGACCCGUCCCGCUCAGUCCAAGCGUACGACAUGGACUAAUGGCCCAUCCAACGUCGCUCCCAUGCCGAUACUUCCAACGAUCCGUCCCAUCUCGCCCAUAUCCGAUGCGGUGACUGCCGAGGCGAGAAACGGUGUGACGUACAACGAUUCGUACGCCAACGGUCGCCAACGUGCUGUGCAGAUGGACGAGAAGAAGAAGAUUGGCAGACAGUUGUCGGUUGCCUCGAGCACUAACAACUACGCGGAACUCCACCGUCAGCAGGCCGAGCGCGCUCUAAACGGCAACAGUGGUCUUGCAUCGCCGCCCGGCGGUCACAAGGAAAGCUUCUUCUCGCACCUUCGGAAGCGUGCGCGUCGUUUCUCUGGCAGGCACCAGGUCCCUAUGUCACCGAACUCGGACGAUGUCGAGGCUCAAGCCGGCUGCGGCCCCUGGAACAGCAACAGGUCCUCUAUGGUGAUUGAUAACGCCCCUACUCCCCCGCCGAAGCCUACCGAGCUUCACGAGCCGCUCGACAAGGCACUGAGAGAUGUUCAGCAGAACCACGACAACGCUCCCGUCCCACCUGCGCAUCUCAUCACUCCCAGCAGCACUUUAAAGAGACAUCACUCUCUGCCGCAGCACCACCCACGGUCUGUUGACAACCUGAUGGGAGCUGUUAAGGGAACCGGACCGAUCUCAAGCCGAACCCGUCGUGCUCACGCACACGGCGUCCAACACUACGAUGCGCCCGAUGAAGAGGAUGAGCUGCUUGACGAGGUUCUGAACUCGACCCACCGAGCCAUGAAGCGUCUCGAGAAGGACGGAAAGCCUGGACUGCGGCAAUCUGCCAGCAACAUUGGCAUCUCAAAUCCGUACCCAACUCCGUCCCCUUCGGCCAAUGGCAACAAUUCUGUGUUGUUUGGCGACAACCACGAAGCCGUCGCACCCAAGCCUUUGGAUCUGAAGAAAUCGCAUGGCGUUGAAAGUCAAUACAAGUGGCCCACUCCUCCGUACGAGGAGAGUGAAUGGGCUGCAUCAGCAUCCGCCAGCAUUUGGGCGGCUAGCAAUCGGUUCUAA